ACAGUCGUGACGUAGGCGCUGGCCGCUUGUCACUCUAUAAGACGACGUGAACCCCGCAGGCUUUUGUCCAGAUAAGGUCGGGUGUGUUGCGGAGGAGUAUUUACUGGAGGAAUCAUGUCGCGUUACGGGCGAUACGCUGGUGAGGCCAAAGUUUAUGUUGGUAAUCUCGGAACUGGUGCUGGAAAGGGAGAGCUGGAACGUGCCUUCAGUUAUUAUGGACCUUUGCGGACCGUUUGGAUUGCCAGGAACCCACCUGGAUUUGCCUUUGUUGAGUUUGAAGAUACAAGAGAUGCUGAAGAUGCUGUUCGUGGCUUAGAUGGAAAAGUUAUUUGUGGAUCCAGAGUUAGAGUGGAACUUUCAACAGGCAUGCCACGGCGAUCUCGUUACGAUAGGCCUCCAGCACGGCGCCCCUUUGAUCCAAGUGAUCGUUGCUACGAGUGCGGAGAGAAGGGACACUAUGCCUACGAUUGUCAAAGGUAUAACAGACGGAGCAGAAGCAGGUCUCGGUCUCAUUCAAGAUCUAGAGGAAGAAGAUACACCCGUUCACGUAGCAGAAGCCGUGGAGUUAGGUCUAGGUCUGCUUCUCCUCGUCGGUCAAGAUCUGUGUCACCACGCAGAUCCAGGAGUGCCACCCCACGCAGGUCUAGGUCUGGCUCUGUCAAAAGAUCCAGGUCUCGAUCAAGGUCUCGCUCCAGAUCCAGGUCACAUCCAAGAAGCAGGCCUGUUGAGUGCACAGUCACCUGUUCAAGCAGCUCAAAAUCAAAGUCCAGAUCAGCAUCCCCAAAAAGAAGUCGUUCACCAUCUAGAAGUCCACGAAGAAGCAUAAGCCCAGAAAGAAAUGGCUAGAAGAGCAUUUUGGCAGCUGUAUGCUGCAGCAUUUUUUUUUACCUUAAAUUUUUCUUUUGGUUUUACUUCACUAGGCUAAUACACAAUGUAUGUUGUAUCUUGUCUAUAAAGCAGAAUUUUUGUAUUUCAGAACUGUACUUACAAACAUUAAAUAGCUUGUCCUGACUAGUGAGUCUUCACUAUAUCUUGAUGCAGACCUUGCUGAUGAUGUGAUGGGUACAUGAGUGGGUCCCCUUGUAUAUAGCAACUCUAUGCAGCCUUGUCAACCAUCUAACUGUUCAAGUGAAUCUGGGAGUUUUUUUUUGUUCUCAUUAGUUAAGGCCACCUGGCAUCAUGGGGGGAGGGGGGUUUAUUUAUGGUUUUUAUUGACUGGGUAUACAGUAAUGAGGCUCAGUGUGACAUUUGCAGCUUGGGUUAAUGUCCUAUGUUAAGAGCUCUAAAAUUAAUUGCAAAUGUUUUUAGCACUUUGGCACUCGGUAAGUGAAAUAAAAUGUCUUCUGUA